CGGUACCCGCGAUGUGCACGAGCGAGUGAACGAAGUUUUUCGGGUAAUCAUAAUAAAUUUCUUGGUGCGGGAAAUCAUGUAAAGUACCGUGCGAAACUAUGAACGUUCUAGUGUUUGUCGGCCUGCUGCUGCUAAUUACCACGGGACAUUGUCAGGAGGACGAUGGCCCAUACAAAGGGAAAUAUUUAGGAAAACUCAAUUCAUACCAUCACCAAGUCUCCGGUGAUGUUUACGCAGUCGACGAAUAUACGUUGCUGUUGAAGUCGUUUAGUUACGACGGGAACGGUGCCGACACAUUCUUCUGGGCCGGUGCCGCCAACCGGCCAGGUCCACAAGGGUUCAUUGUAACUGAUGAACAUGGAAAAACCAACGUUUUGGACCGUUACUUCAACAAAGACUUCACCCUAACUUUGCCUGACAACAAAAAAAUCACCGACAUCAAAUGGUUCGCUAUUUACGACAUCUGGAGUCAGAACACGUUCGGUGACAUCUACAUACCGGAAGAGUUCGAACCUCCCACCAAACAAAAGAUCUCUCAGCUUGCCGGAAAGAAAAACGGCGUUGUUUCUGAAGUGGUGGAAAUUUUAGAUGCCAAAAGGAUUAAAUUACAAGACUUCACCUAUGACGGGAAAGCUCAGCAAGCUUAUUUCUGGGUUGGAGUUGGACCUCAGCCAGCUUCGAAAGGUUUCAAAGUCCCUGACGAAUAUGGAUAUUUGGACCCUUUGAGAGAGUACAAAAAUGAAACUAUAAUCAUCGAACUUCCCGGGGAUUUAACGAUAUUCGAAAUUGAUUGGUUAAGUAUAUUCGACUUGGCCAACAACGAUAAUUUAGGUUCAAUUCUUAUUCCUGAAGCCCUAAACGUACCACCGUCUCUUAUAAAAAUCAUACCACACAAAAAUGAUCUCCCGAACUGCUUACAACUGCACAAGGACUAUCAAGUAUCCUGGGAAAUAUUUGGACCUCAAAUAACCAUUCAACUAGCUGGACAGGUGGAUGAAGACGAAUAUUUGGCUUUCGGCAUAUCAGGAUCUCCAGACACAAGUCAGAUGUUAGGAUCAGAUGUAGCUAUAGCCUACAUCGAUGGUUACAGAGGCUUCGCCACUGACUACAAUAUAACUGCUUUGGCCCCUUGUGUAAAAGUACUUGGACAAUUUAAAGGAGUAUGUAAGGAUGAAUUGGUGGGUGGCCAAGAUAGCAACCAAAUGAACACAGCCAUCAGAGAAAAUGGUAUAAACAUCAUCACCUACAGGCGACAGCUGAUUUCUCCUGAUAAUGGUGAUAAAGAGUUUCCGAGCGAAGGCAAAGUUUUCAUAGUGUGGGCAAUAGGAAAACUGGAUCAAAACAAAGAACCAGCCUUCCACGACUACUUCCCAAAGAAUAAUAUCAGCAUAGAAGUAAGCCCGAAAGAACCCCAAAACACGUGUUUUUCUUUCACCAAGUCCGAACCGGAGCCUCAAGAACCUUGGCCCACUGCGCAAAUCUUCGAUAAAACAAUACGAGUGUUCAACGCAUACAUCGGCCCAGCUGGUGGCAAAAGAGCGUAUCAAUCCUUGUCGGGACACACGUCUACCGGACUGGCCUGGUACGUUAAUGGUUAUAUGGCACCUGAGCUCUGGCUUAGAAGAGGCUUGACGUACGCAUUUAGAGUAUUCGGCGGCAACAAUCCCCACAGUGCCGAACAUUAUCAUCCGCUCAUCAUCACCGACGAACAAUACGGUGGCUUCGAUAAACUGAGCGACGAUUUACAGUCGAAGAUUAGGGUUUUGGCCGGUGUGGAAUACUCGAGGAGGGGAAGACCAAGGGCAACAGUCACUGGUCCUUUGUGUCUCUCAAAACACAAACCAGGUAAAGAUAGUCGGUUGGACGACACGUUCUUGAAUUUCAAGAAGUUCAACAGAUCGUUAGAAUACAGCUGUGAACAAGGUGAUCCUGGAAUACUCGAGUUCACACCUAACUCCUCUUGGCCCGAUAUUGUCUACUAUAAUUCCUUCACCCAGGGUAACAUGGGUGGUAAAAUACAUAUCAUCGACAGCUACAGUGCAAGAACAUCAUCGGCAGUGUCACAUUUGUCCAACAUCUUAAUAGUCUGCUCUCUGUACUUGUUUGUUAAACAAUUCGUGUGAUUGUUUAUUUAAGCAACCGUUAACACUGCCGAGUUGCGGGGAAUAAAAGUGCAUUCUCUGUGAUGGUAAUUUACUAGACUUUUAGCUCAGUCUGGUUUCAAUUAUUUAUAUACUAGAUACAAGUUGUAUGUAAUAUUUAAUUAAAUAAAUUUGUAUAUUAUUGUUA